CGUUUGAAACAACAGCCUUUUUUAUUGAACCUUGAUGAAAUGUUAGAAAGACUUGAUACUAAUUGAAUUUUAAACCAAGUUUAAACUCAGAACCGAACUGUUCAGCAAACUGUUAAGUAUCUCAGAAAAUAGUCUACUAGAUUUUACAAAUUGUGCACAUUAAUAAAGAAGUGAAGAAUGAGAGGGAAAGACCUUUUAAAAACGUCUUCGGCAAAAAGAAAAUUGUUAGGUGCCCCUGUCUUGUGCGCUGUACUCAUUGUACUGGUCAUUGUGCCGGGUCUGAAUGGACAUUCAGAAAGAAGCAGACAGAAGAGAUCCGAUGAUAUUUUGUCUCGAGUUCCUUUAAUUGAUGGCCACAACGACCUGCCGUACCAAUACCGUGUUCUAAAGAACAACUCUGUCAAUACAGUGGAUCUUUUCACAUGGGCGGAUGUUCACACGAAUAUUCAGAAACUUCGUCAAGGAAAAGUGGGCGCCCAGUUUUGGGCCGCCUACGUUGACUGCGGCACUCAGUACAAAGAUGCUGUCCGGGUUUCGAUGGAACAAAUUGACACAAUCAAGAGAUUUAUAGCUCGUUACCCAGAAGUGUUUCAAUUUGUAACUACAGCACAGGGUAUACUUGAUGCUUUUGCUGCAGGUAAAAUAGGGAGUCUGAUCGGAUUAGAGGGAGGCCACUCUAUUGACAGCAGUUUGGGAAACCUUCGUAUAUUUUAUGAGCUAGGUGUGCGCUAUAUGACCUUGACUCACAGCUGCAAUACACCCUGGGCAGAUAAUUGGAAGGUAGACAAUGACAAUUCUUAUCAGUUUGAUGGACUUACACCUUUUGGCGAGCUUGUUGUUAAAGAAAUGAAUCGCCUCGGCAUGAUGGUAGACUUGUCACAUGUAAGUUACAAAACAAUGGAAGACGCCAUUGCUGUUUCUCGGGCGCCAGUGAUAUUUAGCCACUCCGGCGCCUACGCGAAAUGUGCACACAAUCGAAAUGUUAGAGACCAAAUAUUGAACAAGCUGCCAAAAAACGGUGGCAUUGUGAUGGUAGUGUUCUACAAUGACUAUAUCAACUGUUCUUCAACUGCUUCGGUGGAGCAAGUCGCUGAUCAUAUAGAUCACAUUAAAAACUUGAUAGGUGUAGACCAUGUUGGCAUUGGUUCAGAUUAUGACGGUGUCCCCAGAAUGCCAGAAGGGCUGGAAGACGUCUCCAAAUUUCCCAAUUUAAUCGCUGAGCUCCAGAAACGUGGUUGGUCAUCAGAAGACCUGGAGAAGUUGGCGGGCAGAAACCUGUUAAGAGUUUUUAAGGAAGUCGACAAGGUCAGAGACCAACUGUCUAAAGAAGAAGCUAUUGAAUAUGAGCUACCACUUGAACUAUCAAUGAAUCAGACUUGUAGAACAAACAUUAAGUAGACCUGGCGAUGCACCAUUUCCUUCAAGCACUGUAAAGUAGAGAGCUACUAGAGCCAUGGUUUUAACUUAGUUCCUUAACCAUCUUCAGUAAUUGUAACAUUUUUUGUUGUUAUUUUCUUUCUAGGGACGUUCAGAUCUUAUAAUACUAUUUUUAACAUGGCACUUGAGAAUAUUGUUAUCAUGAUAUCAUCAAUGAACUGAAUGAUAUCAAAAAUAUCUUUUCAAUAAUUAAUAAACGGUUAAAAAGUUAGACAAUGAAUAUUUCUUUUAAAUAUGUA